CAGGAGUCUCACCCAAUUUUCAACUGAAUUCUCAUCUAUCAACACUGGCAAAUAUUCACAAGAUUUACCACACCCUCAAUAGGCUGAAUCUGACAGAGGACGUUGGUCAAGACGAUCACCAGACAGGUUUGGUGAGCUGAAUUGGCACGCUGAAGAGUUACCAGAGACAUAGGAGUGUGUAGCUGAGAGAAGGGGAUGGAAAGACUGCCACCUGAUUGGCAUCAGUGUCUCGAAUUGGCUAUUUCCUACUUGGGGACCCUCAUUUUUUGAGAACUAUUCAGUCUAAAUAAUACCGCCAGACGCUGAUGUUUUUUUUCCCCUGGUGGUUGCUGAAUGUCUCUUCUCAUCCCUGCAAAACAAACAAAAUAAAACCUCCCAAAAAACCUGAAAAAAACCCUCUUACAAAGAACAAACAAAAGCUUUCUGACCUCUUGCUCUCUGUAUCGCAAAAAUCUUGGGGCUUGAAAAUAAAGGGUUCUGUUUUCUAGAGGUAGGUGUUCACUUAAUCUGUAUUUCAAAAAGCAAUGAUCAACUCUUAGAAGUCGUGAUUUGAAUAAAUGACUAAAAAUAAGGAUGACUUUUUGAGGACCUAAAUAUUUCUUCAGGAUAGUUUCAGUUCUUGACUGCUGUAAUGCUAGUGCUACCGUACAUUUUGGUAUAGUGCUUUUGACUUUAAUGGAAAUCUGGUCAUAGAAUACCAUGUAAACGUGAGUUGGAUUUUGCUGUUGAAAGGAGACCAUUUCUUUUAUAAUUUUUAAAUCCCCUAACUUCCUUCCCUUCAAUUUGUAAUAUGCCUGUAAGUGGACACAGUUUAACUGGUCUGCAACAGUUUCAUUUCUUUGUGCUGGUGUUUUUAAUUCCCUCUGUAGGAAGUCUUCGGUCUUGCAGUUCAUCAGACUGCUUUAGUAAAGUGAUGCCUCCAAGGAAAAAGAGGAGACCUGCAGCAGGAGAUGAUUUAUCUGCUAAGAAAAGUAGACAUGAUGGUAUGUAUAGAAAAUACGAUUCAACUAGAAUAAAAGCAGAAGAAGAAGAAGUCUUUUCAAGUAAGAGAUGCUUAGAAUGGUUCUAUGAAUAUGCAGGCACAGAUGACAUUGUAGGACCAGAAGGUAUGGAGAAAUUUUGUGAAGACAUUGGAGUUGAACCAGAAAAUGUAGUUAUGCUUGUGUUAGCGUGGAAGUUGGAUGCACAAAAUAUGGGCUACUUUACAUUACAAGAAUGGUUAAAAGGAAUGACAUCACUACAGUGUGAUACUACAGAAAAACUGAGAAAUUCUCUGGAUUACUUGAGAUCUUUGUUAAAUGAGCCUACAAAUUUUAAACUUAUUUAUAGAUAUGCCUUUGACUUUGCACGGGAAAAGGACCAGCGCAGCCUAGAUAUCAAUACUGCCAAGUGUAUGUUGGGCCUUCUUUUAGGAAAAGCAUGGUCCCUUUUUCCAGUAUUUCAUCAGUUUCUAGAGCAGCAAUCAAAAUACAAAGUUAUCAAUAAGGACCAGUGGUGUAAUGUUCUUGAAUUCAGCAGAACAAUUAACCUUGACCUCAGUAACUAUGAUGAAGAUGGAGCCUGGCCGGUGUUGUUGGACGAGUUUGUGGAAUGGUAUAAAGGAAAACAGAUGACAUAGGAGUUUAACUAUGCACAGCCACUCAAGAGUCACUGUUACCACAGUUAUGUCAACCAUUAGCCAUAAACUGCUAUUUGUAUCAAAGUGCAUGCUGCUUUUCUUGCACUGCAUCCCUUUGGUGGGGAACUUUUGAUGUUUGCUAUUUAACAAGCUAGCUAUGCUUGCUGUUUAGCAUUGUUCUCUUUGAAGGCUGCUUUGCAUUUUGUAUUUACACUACAAAUUGGUGAACUUGCCAGAGUCUUCACUGUGAUUAUGUGUAUAUUGCUGUCUAAAUUUUGUACAUGUGUAUAAAAAAAGGCUUCACCUAGGAAUUAUUUCUGCAGAAAUGUAUUGUAAAAAUAAUUUUGUGGCAUAUUUCUAAUCAUCACUUACAUGUCUGUUGAAACUUUAGUUAUUUUCUUUUUCCUUUGGUCUCAAAUGUAACAUUUCAGAUUUUCUGGACAUGGUUGUGUGGAAGAACUAUUUACAGUUUCAGUGUUACUAUUUGAGAUGCCAGUUUCUGAGAAGACAAGACAUGCUGUGAUUUCCUUCAUCAGAAUUUGCCAAACCUGACCUAAUGCUUUAUAGGAAUGAAAUAUUGGUGUCUUAAAAAGAUAUAUACAUAUAAAUAUUUCAGCACUGUAGUAGUUGUACAUGCCACAGAUGAUUUCCAUUCAAAAAGAAGUACUGACUUUUUAAUGUUAAAACUGCAGUAGUCAUUACAGGUACAAAUGAAGAAAUUAAAAUACCUUUUGAAAGUGGAUUUUAGACUUUUGUAAAUUGCCUUUGGCAUACUCCUUUUAGUUUUUGGUUUACCAAGAGUGUUUGGUCUAUGUUGUGAUCUAGUGACCCAAUGACAUUGAGAGUUCUAGCAGAAAUGAGUGGUUUGGGGAAUGAAGUAUGCUCACCCCUAGCACAGACAUAAUAAAGGUUUUGGGGAUUUUUUUGUUUGUAACACUAAUAUUUACAAGGGCCUCCAGCUUCAUGUUUCUAAGUACUUAAAAAUAUGAUAUCGGGAAAAAAUACAAUGUUGAGUAGUCUAAAUAUUUUAUUUUUCUUUCCUGUUGGGGAUUCACGUUUCCUGGCAGAAUGUCCAUUGCAGGCAAUGGGCGUGUAAGACACCAGCAUUAAAUGACAGUACUUUUUUGCAGGGACCACUGCCUGUUUCACUCAUCUCUUUAUCUGUAUGGAAUGGUUCUAGUGAUUAUUUUUGGCAAAAAAUGAGUGAAUGGAAUAAUAUUUAAGUUCUGUAAUUUUGUCAUGUUGUUGCCUUACCCUUCUUUAUUGAGUAAUGUUAGUGUUGAUAUUUAUAAAUAGGUCCUUGAAGUAUCUGGUGCUAUUAAACUCUGAUCCCUAGGGAUUUAUUAAAAUGUUAUUGAUUCAUGGAGCAUUUAACAACAAAGAGCCAGUGGGUGUUUUGGAACAACAAAUAACAUAACUUUUCUACAGAAAUAUUUCACAAGGUAUUGGCAGUUUUGUUAUUUCCCUAGAAUGCGAUCCAGGGGAACAGGAGGAAAGCUGCUUGUGUUGGAAGUGAAAUUUUCUUCUGUGUUGAAGCUUCUGCCCUUCCCAUCAAGUCAGGAACAACUUGACUUGCCAUUGACUUGACUCCUUUCAGGAUUAAGCCUAGUUAAGGAAAAGCACAUUAGUUUGCUGCCCUGGGCCAGGAAGUUGUAAUUGUGGUGCUACAGGUGGUCAGUCGUGUUCAGAUCUGUUUGUUGUUGUUCUUGGUUUUUGUUUUUCAAGCUCAGCUGCCAAAGACAAAAACUGUGUGUCUGUUUGUGUAUAUUUGUAUAUACGUAAAUAUACAAUAUACGUGCAUAUACAAAACCUAGAAUUUCAUGAUUCUAAGAAGAAAAUAUUACCUUUCCUGUGAAAUACCUACAUUUGGACUUCUGUAGCACUAAAUAGUGCUUUUUAGAGUUAGUAGUGGUAAAACAUACACAGUCAGUGCUUUCUCAUGUAUUAAUGCACAUAACCUUAAUUCCAUUUUUGAUGCCAGUUUGCACAAGAAAUUGAGUGGAGUGUGGUAUUUAACGUUUACAAUAAGCCUCUUAAGAAAAAACACCUUUUAUUAAAACUUCUGAUGUAAAUGUGUAUAUUACAAUAGUAUUACUGUAAUGAAUUAGCAGUGGAGCUGCUGGUUUAGAAUGAACUUAGAAGCAAUAUAACUUUUAACAUCAGGCCAAACUGUGAUUGCCAAGAUUUUAAGUGAAGUAGGUGUAAUUGUUCUUAAAUCAUUAAGCUAGCUGUUUACUCUAGGAAACUGUGCAGCACAAACUGGUGUGAAUCCUGCAACAAAAGCAAGUUUGUGUAAGAGGUUAUGUACAUCACGAAUAACUGAGCUUCCAAUAAUGGGAGCAAGAGCCAAAGACACUUUUCAUAUAUUGCUAUUACAGGUGUAGCUUUCAUGUAAUGGUUGACAGAAAUCAGUUCAGCCUGGUGUUGGCAGUUUUGCAAAUGCUUAUCAGAAUAAAAAAUAUAAUUAAAAGCAAAGAAAUGGGGGAAAAACCUCAGAAAGUACUUGUGCUAUGUAAGCAAACAAACUUGUUUUUUUUAAUUUGGGUAAAAGUAACUGGAAGUGAUGGAAAGGAAGAAUGUGUUCAAAAUGCUGCAGUUUUUUUCUUCCAUUUGAAACAGUAUGAAUCUGUAGCCAUCAGCAGGUUUAUAAACAUGCAUCUUCAUAAAGUAAACCACAGAUUCAAUUGCAGCUAGUAGAGACAGUUUUACUGACAUUUAUAGUGAACAAAUGGACUGAAAUGGACCUGUGUGGUUUGAUGAGCUUCCCUGUGCUAUCCAUCCUGCUGGUUUUGCUAUAUAUGCUGAUAAGCAGAUCCUAACAUUGCCUGCUCCUGUAUAUUGGAGAAACUUUUAAUAGUUGUGAAAAGGUAACGAACCUACUCAGUUAAUCUUGUAUUUAGUACAAGUGUGGCAUUCUCCUUUUUUUUCUUUUUUUUUUUUUUUUUUGUUUAUUAUGCCAUCAAAAAGCUGAUGCAGAUUUUUUUCUUUUGUUUGAUUGUGGGUUACCCUCCCAGCCCUUACAAAAAGUAAUCUAUAAAAUAUGCUGUUUUUUGGGACAAGACACUGAGAGGUCAUUCCUGAAAAAAUGUCAUGGGUCUUGUGUUAAUGUGUCUGUUGUACUGUUAUUGAACUUUUAGCAGAAACUUGGUGAUUAAUCUACAGUACAUUUUUGGUAUUUGGGAGAUGUAAAUUGGAAAGACAGGUAGUAGAAGUAAAACAGUGUCCAGAGACUGUAGCAGUUGAUGUUCUUUGAUAGAUGACAAACGUUUGGAGCUCUAUGGACUCAAUAAUCUUAAAGAUCUUUUCAACCUAAAUGAUUUUAUUAAUGUUAGUAACCAAAAGAGUCAAUGAAUUAAAUUUCCUUCUAAAGCAAAGUUGAUACUAAAUAUUUAAAGUAUUAAUAUAGUUCUCUAUUACUGUUGUUUUUCACUUUUUAUCUUUUUCCAAGGAAAGCAAGCUGAAGAACAUAGAAAUUACUGAAAUUAGUUAUGUACUUUGAGUUUUCAGUUAAAACCUCUUUAAGGCUGUCUUUAAGCUACAAUAAAUUCUUGGGUUAUCUUUGUGUAGCCAUUUCUAAUUCUGCAGAGGCUUCUCCCAUUUUACCACAAAAACGCAUGUUUUAAUUAAUCAGAAAUAUGCUCAUACAAUCAAAAUUAGUUACAGCUUAUUGCUACUUGGUUAAUCUUCCCAAGUUACUGUUUUGAAGGACAAGCAGUGUACUUCAGUUGGGUUAAGGUUUUCCCAGAUUUCUGUUGAUCCUUAGUCACAAGUCUAACAAAUUGUUUGAUACUCUGGGAAUUAAUAUAGGCAGCUUUAAAGGUUAGCUUGUGCCCUGGCUUAAUUUAUAGCUGCUAACAUACCUCUUUCUAGGCCUUAUAUUUUUUCUUUUCGUUGUUCUAAAAGUGUGUAGAAUCCAUCCGCAAACUGCAUAGUCUGUUUUUGGUAAUUGAGACCAAAAGUAAAGGGUUUUUUUGUUUGUUUUGUUUUGUUUGGUUGUUGUUGGGGUUUUUCAGUAGUUUUGUUUGUUUGUUUGUUUGCUUUUUUUUUUAAAAUCCUUGCCCUCUCCCCCACUGUGUGUGUGCAUGUGUACAUGUGUCGAAAUAGCACCUACUGACACUGCUACUGCAGGAACAGCAGUUAAUCUGUAACUGAAUGCUUUAUGUCUUAGUUAUUUGGAUAUUGCAUCAAUGAGGUGUGCUAAACUCCUGUGACUCACAAUAUGAUGGAAAUACUAUUAUGCCACCUAACAUGAGUUAAUCCAGUUGACUUUUUUUUUUUUAGGUCUUUUCAUGGUGUUGUAAAAUGGCAUCCCACAAAUAAACAGUAUUUGUGUUUGUUUCAGAAACUUGACUUCAGAUUUUUCUGUGAUUCAUACUUCAGAAAUUCUCAUAUCUGAACAUACAUUAGCAGGCAGCGUUUACCAGGUAUUAGCAGGGAAUUUGUGUGUAAGAUCUUGUCCCCCUUGUUUCUAAUAGUAGAGUA